AUGACCUUAGCUUGUUACCAAAUUUAUCGUUGCAUACGUCGCUAUAUGGUGUAUCCUACUAAUGCAACUGCCACUUCCACCUUAUACAAUAUUCAUUUCUUUACUCGGGUCGGAUCUAUAUUUUUCUUGUUUUUUCUCGGUGGUUACUAUUUUUAUGUGAAUAUAUUUUACAAAGAUAUGGUUGUAGAUGUGUUACUUCUACUUUUACAUUACUGGCAACUUGGUGUUAUUUCAAAAUGUCGCCGCUUCUAUCAGUACAUACGUGUGGAGGAUAAACGUAGAACACUGUUUUCUAUCAUGAAUUACAUUGUGACAUUUAUAGAGCCGCUGGAACUUCAACUACGAAGUGAAACGAAGGAAGAGUUUACUUGA